CUUUUAACUCUCCUUUGGAUGGUAUCAAAUUUUCUCUACAAUCAAGUGUUUUUUUCUAACUUUCGUACCUGAAGUUCGAAACCACACUCAAUAUCUUUAGCUUACUGGUUUUCCAUGGAAACAGUAGAUCAACUUUCAUUGUUCUCAUCAUCAACACUUAAUGAAAACAAAAUUGAAAUCAGUAUUGUCUUGGUUAGUAUCGUGUUAGCUUACAUCUUCAUGCACAGAUGGAAUCAAAGGAAUCUAAAAGGCCCCAAAUCAUGGCCAUUCAUUGGGGUACUAAUAGAACUUCUUAGGAACUACCAAAGAAUGCAUGAUUGGUUAACUGAGUACUUUGUUGAAUCAAAAACCUUGACGCUUCAACUGCCAUUUAUAACUUCAGUUUACGUUGCAGAUCCCGCAAAUGUUGAACAUAUUCUCAAAACCAACUUCCCCAACUACCCAAAGGGUGAAGAUUUUCAAACAUGCAUGAAAGAGUUGCUUGGAGAUGGAAUAUUUAAUGCGGAUGGAGAGAUAUGGAGGCAACAAAGAAAGACUGCUAGUCAUGAGUUUGCAUCUAGAAACUUGAGAAAUUUCAGCACUGUUGUUUUCAGAGACUGUGCACUAACUCUCUCUGGUAUUUUACACCGGGCAUCACUCCAUAACAAAGAAAUCGAUAUGCAGGAACUGUUGCUGAGGAUGAAUCUAGAUUCUAUAUGUAAAAUUGGAUUUGGAGUGGACAUUGGAACUUUGGCUCAUGAAUUACCCGAUAAUCGUUUCGCUAAAGCUUUUGAACAAGCAACUGGUGUCGUAUCUUUUAGGUUCAGUAACCCUUUGUGGAAAUUGCAAAGAUUCUUUAAUAUUGGGUCUGAAGCAUUAUUUGUUCAAAGUAUCCAAGUUAUUAAUGAAUUUACAUACAGUUUAAUUCGUAAAAGAAAAGCGGAGUUACAAGAAGCUAAGGCAACUGGUGAUAAUGGUGACAAGCGAAAGCAUGAUCUUUUAUCAAGAUUCAUUGAGUUGAAUGAGAAUCUUGAGUUGAAUGGUGACAAAUACCUUAGAGAUGUCAUCUUAAGCUUUAUUUUAGCGGGACGUGACUCAACGGCAUCAACAUUGUCUUGGUUGAUAUACAUGAUCAUGAAGAAUCCAAAUGUAGAAGAGAAGAUCUACGAGGAACUUAUAGCCUUCGAAGAAAACCAAACCAAAGAAAUGACUGCUUAUGAUCCUAAGGACCCAACAAAAUCAUUUCCUGAUAAAUUAAAACAAUUUGCAAGUCUAUUGAAUUAUGAUUCACUUGGAAAGUUAUCUUACAUGCAUGCAACAAUCACUGAGACACUACGGUUGUACCCUGCAGUGCCCCAGGACUCGAAAGGAGUAUUAGAAGACGAUGUUUUACCCGAUGGAACAAAAGUGAAAGCAGGUGGACGAGUGGUUUAUGUUCCAUACGCCAUGGGGAGAAUGGAGUACAAUUGGGGGCCGGAUGCACUGUCUUUCAACCCCGAUAGAUGGUUCAACAAAGAGGGUUUAUUUGAAAGUGCAUCUCCAUUCAAAUUCUCAGCAUUCCAGGCUGGACCAAGAAUAUGCCUAGGGAAAGACUCAUCAUAUCUACAAAUGAAGUUGACGUUUGCUAUCUUGUGUAGAUUCUUUAAAUUCCAUUUGGUUCCAAACCAUCCUGUUACGUACAAAAUGAUGAUAACUAUAGCUAUGAAGCAUGGGUUGAAGCUCACCGUAACUACCAGGCCAUCUUGAAAUGGUUCGGUAAGAAACAUGAAGGGCCUUGUUAUCUUGCCCACGUAUGCACAAAAUAAAGACUCGUGAUUAGUCUACCUUUAUAUUGGGCAUUUUAACUUUUGAACUUCUAUGAAUGUAUUUUUAUCUAUAGAGAGGGUAAUGCUUGCGAUGAUUUCAUGGAAUAAUGGAGCUGCACAACUAUAGAGGAAUAGUGGUUGCUCGAACCACCAAGUAUGAUUUAAAAUGUAAUGAGGGUGGUCGACAGAGAUGUCUCGUUUACUUAUUGUUUUGCCUAGCUAGUUCAGUUUUCUUAUUAUUUUCUCUUUGGAGGUCAGGUUUUUUAUCCCCUUCUUGUCCUUUCUUUGGCUUUUUUUGUUCAAUAAACGCCUCUCUUUAGCUUUGCUUAAAAAAGGAGUAACUCAUUGUGUCCCACUUUUUUUUGUCUGCAUUGAGAAAGUGUAAGAAAUAAAUCGGAAAUGCUAUUGUGCGUCCUA